CAUUCAGCUUUUCAUCUUCGUGACUAGCAGAGUUUAUAAGCAUCAGAGAGCAUUAACCAGUGAAGAAAACGAAAAAAACACUCAGAGGUCAAGUGGAAGCUUUUGAAUCUUGACCACUUUUAGUUGAGAAAGCAAUUCGAAGGCCAUGGCUUCUAGGCAAGCUAAGGAGGAGAGAGCCGAGAGAGCUGCCAGAGUGGCUGCCUCCGAGCUCAAAGAUGUGAGGAACCGUGACUACGACGACGAGCUCGCCGGUGCCGAUUUUGAUCAGGACCAGCCACAGCAGCGGCGGGGCUUGCUCGGAAGCAUCCAGGAGGGCACCUCGAACGUUUUGAAGGCCGUCCAGGGAGCUGUUACCGGAAAAUCUCAGGAAGCGGCCGAUAGGACGAGAGAAGGCGCCGAGGCUGUGGGUGAACGCGCAAGGGAGACUAAGGAUGCUGCCGGAGACCGAACAAAACAGGCUGCAGACGCUGCGGGAGACCGGGCGAGAGGGGCUAAGGAUUAUGUGGCUGGCAAAGCAGGUGAAACCAGAGAUGCUGCUGCGGGUGUGACCCGUAAGGCAGUGGAUACUGCUGCCGGUGGUGCUCAGCAGGCAAAGGAUAAGAUGGGUGAGUUUAGAGACUAUACUGCAGAGAAGGCGAGGGAGACGAAGGACGCAACCGUGGACAGAACGGGCGAUGCGGCGGACAAGGCAAGGCAGGGCAGAGAUGCUGCCAUGAAUAAGAUGGGCGAGUAUAAGGACUACACGGCUGAUAAAGCGAAGCAGGGGAAAGAUGCGACAAUGGAGAAGAUGGGAGAGUACAGGGACUAUACAGCUGAGAAGGCAAAGGAAGGGAAAGAUUCAACAACUGGGGCGAUAACCAAUCUUAAGGACACUGCAGCUGGUGCAACUCGACGGGCCAUGGGUUUCCUGACUGGUAGAAAAGAUGAUGCAAAUCAGCAGGAAGCAGAUACCGAGAAGACAGCCAAAAAGAAGCUAGGAGAGGCCGAGGAGGCGGCCAGACAGAAGAUAGAAGACUUGCGCCUGAGAGGUGAGGAGUACAAGAAUGAGGCCGAACGAAAGGCUGCAGAGGCAAGAACCACCGCCGGUUCUAAGGCCGGAGACGUAAGAGGCACUAUCGAUCCUAAGGCGGGAGACGCAAGUGACAGGGGGACGGGUUCAGCAGGGAGGGGCAACAUUUUCAGCCCCAUCGGAAAUGUAGCAGGAGCGAUAAAGGAUAAGCUAAUUGGUCCAAAAGAAGUGGUGAAGCAUAGAACGGAGCACAGCGGCGAAGAAGGAGGUGGAGAGAGGAUAAGAAUAGAAGUGGAGACAGCUCCGAUCGAGACCGGAGAAGCAGAAAGGCUCGCAGAAAAUCGGCUGAAGGCAUCGGAUCAGAUGGCAGGUCAGACAUUCAACGAUGUGGGUCCCCUGGGAGGAGAGGGGACCGGUCGUACGGAUCGCCAGGGGAAGAUGUGAUGAUCAUAUCAGAUCAAACAUGACGUUGAGUCGUCGACCUUUAUGUGGGAGUGGGACUAUAUAUAUCCGAGUAUUUUCUGUGUUGAGUUUUUGGGUCCUGAAAUCAUUUUGGGUUUCGUCUGUUUUUGUUUUCUAAAAGUUCGACAGCAAUAUUUUCGUUUUGUCUGAAAUCUGUAUAAAACAGGUUAUCUGUUCUAUCUAUAUAACCACUGUUUGGAAUUA